UCACCCAUUGGUUGCGUACACAGUGGGAGGGAAGGUGCUGGUGACUCCAAAAGUGUGCCUGCUCCAUUGAAGAGACACAGAAAGGCUGGAAUGCUGCUGUUAGUAAAAAUCUCCCCACGAAUGUCCCGUAAAGUGACGAUUCCUGAGGUACCUGAAUCAGUUGAAGAAUUGCAAAACAUCCUUAAGGAAAAACUUGAACUUCAAGGUAGCUUCGCGUUACAAUAUGAGGACCCAGACUUCAAUAAUGCUCCGUGUAAUUUGAUUGACAUCCAUGAUUUGCCACCUGAGCGUGCGAUAUUGCACAUUCUUUGGGAUGAGACAUUUCCACUUGUUCAGCAAGAGUCAGACUCUGUUGGUUCAGAGUCUUCCCUGGACACAGCCAGUUUAUCCAGCAGAGAGUCAUUCCAGAGUCCCUCAGCUUUCAUCAGGAACCAUCUGCGAAGUGUCUCAGGGUGGCCUUCACCUUUUCCCAUCCCGUCCUUCUCCUACGAUGUGGAGUUGAGGCUGCGCAAAGGCAAUGAGGCAUAUGAAAGAACGAAGAAAGGUAUCACCUUAACCAGAGACAUGAAGAUAGACAUUUUGGACAAGAUCGCUCAGGCAGUGUUUGAACUGAAAGCCUAUCCUGAUCAUGACCAGAUUGAGUCAGUUGCUUCUGCUCUCAUCGGUAGACAUCCAUGCCUUCGAGAACCAGGCAAUGAAACUGGAUAUGGCGGAUGGAAAACAAGCAUAAAAUACAAACUUGGUAAUUACAGGUCCAAGCUGCGUCAGGCAGGCUGUACUGAGGUUAGCAUUAACCAGAGGAAGAGGGGCAGUGAAGAUGCAAGCACAGGUCCUUCUCUGAAGAGAGCAAAGAGAGGCGAAAUUAACCAUCUCCCUGACCAUCCAGAAAAUUAUAAUGAUGACUCACUGGAGAAUGAAAGACUGGUUCUAGUUGAGGAUUUCAAGAGGAAGAACAAGGAUGUUGCACUCAUCAGACAAAAUAUGGAGCUGACUUUCUCCCUGAGGCGCAGGGAGAUCGUGGAGUUGCAACCUAUGGUUUCAGAGAUACUGGAACGUUGGCCUGCUCUAUUUUGUGAGGAAGAGAUUAGAGAAGAGUUUUAUCGGAUCACAAAUAGAAACCUCCUGGAGAACUUUAAAGAAGCCCUCCAACAAAACACCUGUAGGCUCCUGAAACUCUAUCGAGCGAGAAGGACAGCUUCUCUGUCAGAGAUGGAUCAGGUCCUUAACAGCUUGGAUCAAGUGACAUCUGACAUCACUGCACAUCGACAAACUGCAGCUUUAAAGGGCCUUCCCUUGUAUCUCCGUGAGAGCCAGGAGAAGCUCUUCAGAACCUGUCUUGCCACUGACCCAGAUGAGGAGCAGACGAAGGGCCUCACUGUGGGUAUCCUCACUGUGCUGGAGGAUGAUGACACCACAGUGCCUCAAAGUGUCGUGAGUGUGGCUGUUGUUGUGGAAGAAGAGAUUGUCCUUCAAGAUCUUCCUGACCUACCAACUGCUUUUGCCUACCUCUUUGGACUGAUCUAUGCUUUAAACAUCCAGUACCCAAAAGAUCUCAGGUACACAUUCGAAACUGUGCAGAAGGUGUUCAUGGAACUUGGAGCAGACCUCUCUGCAAGGGUCAGAUCGCUCAAAAACAAACUCCUUCAGUAAAUCCAAAAGUUCUGGAUUUGGAGUUGUUGACCUCUAAAAGUUAGGUACAGCUCACAUGUUUUAUAUUUUUGAUUCAUACGUGUUCUGUAUGGUCUUGUUCUUGUGAUCACGUUGUAUGUUUUCGAUUCAUACGAGUUCUGUAUGGUCUUGUUCGUGCGAUUUUGAGACCUGAAGUUGUUGCACUCGGAAGAUUCAUACUUAUUUAUCAUAUUGGUUCCGUAUGAUAUUCUAUAGAUGACAUGCUUGAAAUUUUGAGACCAGAAAUUAUGUUGCUCAGUAACCUUUAAACAGAUUUAGUACAUUCAUAGUUGUACAUCAUACUGAUUCGCUAUGGUCUUGUAUACAUUACUUGUGUUUGAUGAUACUACAAGAUGGCACAAUAUGCUGUCACUCAUUAGUUUGCAAUAAAUGCACUUGGCCCUGUUGGAAGAGAUUUGAUGCUCGUAGA